CAGCUAUGUAAUGUUUUUAGAUCCCAUGAAAUGGAAAUUGACCAGUGCUUGCUGGAGUCCCUACCAUUAGGCCAGCGACAGAGGCUGGUGAAACGUAUGCGCUGUGAUCAAAUAAAAGCCUACUAUGAACGAGAGAAAGCCUUUCAGAAACAGGAAGGAUUUGUGAAGAAGUUGAAACAUGGGAAGAAUCACAAAGUUCAUUUCAACCUUGCUGACAUGAUACAGGAUGCAAUUAUCCAUCACAACGAUAAAGAAGUACUCCGCCUCCUGAAGGAUGGUGCUGACCCUCACACAACUCUUUCAUCAGGAGGAUCCUUACUCCACCUGUGUGCUCGCUAUGAUAAUGCCUUCACUACAGAAAUUCUAAUCGAACAAGGAGUGAAUGUAAAUCAUCAGGAUGAGGACUUUUGGACACCAAUGCACAUUGCCUGUGCAUGUGAUCACCCUGAUAUUGUUCUUCUCCUGCUUUUAGCUGGAGCCAAUGUGCUGUUGCAGGAUGUCAAUGGGAAUAUACCACUAGAUUAUGCUGUAGAAGGGACAGAGUCAAAUUGUAUCCUUUUAACCUAUCUAGAUGAAAAUGGGGUGGAUCUGACCUCACUUCGCCAGAUAAAGCUUCAGAGACCAAUGAGUAUGUUGAAUGACAUAAAACAACUCUUAUCAUCAGGAGGAAACGUAAAUGAGAAAAAUGAUGAAGGUGUUACCCUUUUGCAUAUGGCCUGUGCAAGUGGCUAUAAGGACGUUGCUUCCCUUAUCCUAGACCAUGGUGCAGAUCUCAAUGUGGUGGAUAAUCAGUACUGGACACCUCUCCAUUUGGCAGCAAAAUAUGGCCAGACAAACCUCGUGAAGCUUCUUUUAAUGUAUCAGGCCAACCCAAAUCUUCUUAACUGUAAUGAAGAAAAACCUUCAGAAAUUGCAGCUUCUGAAUUUAUUAAAGAAAUGUUACUGAAAGCAGAAACUGUCUGGGAGGGAAAAAUGAAAGAACCCUUAUCAGUUUCAUCCUUAUCUCAAGAGGAGCCAUAUGAAGAGAUCAUCCAUGAUUUACCAGCACUUUCCAAUAAACUGAGUCCACUGGUGUUACCAAUUGCCAAGCAAGACAGUUUACUAGAAAAAGACACCAUGUUCAAAGAUGCUGCAAAAGGCUUAAGUAAGCAGCAGUCUCAAGACAACACCCCUGAAAACAUUACAGCAAAUGUACCAGCCAAGCUUGAACAGGUCAAGCUGAUGCCUCCAGCUCCCAAUGAUGAUCUAGCAACAUUGAGUGAACUAAACGAUGGCAGUCUUCUUUAUGAAAUCCAGAAACGCUUUGGCAACAAUCAGAUAUAUACUUAUAUUGGUGACAUACUUCUGCUUGUUAAUCCAUUCAAAGAACUUCCAAUUUAUUCCAAUAUGGUCAUGCAGCUUUACUUGAGCAGUACUGGAAGGCUGUGUUCAUCUUUGCCCCCACAUAUUUUUUCAUGUGCUGAAAGAGCUUACCACAUGCUUUUCCAGGAGCAGAGGCCUCAAUGCUUCAUCCUCAGCGGUGAAAGUGGUUCAGGGAAAUCUGAAGCCAGCAAACAAAUAGUGAGGCAUCUCACAUGUCGAUCCAGCUCCAGCAGGUGUUUGUUUGACUGCAAAAUAAAAAAUGUUCACUGUGUUUUAGAAGCUUUUGGACAUGCUAAGACAACACUUAAUGACUUGUCCAGUUGUUUUAUAAAAUACUUUGAACUGCAGUUCUGUGAGAAGAAAAAAUCUUUAAUAGGAGCCAGGAUUUAUACUUACAUGUUAGAGAAGACCCGGCUUGUUUCUCAACCUCUCAGCCAGAGCAAUUUUCUUAUUUUCUACUUGUUAAUGGAUGGGCUGACUGCUGAAGAAAAAUAUAGUCUUCGUCUUAAUAACUUAUCUGCACACAGGUAUCUGAACCGGUCCAUACUGGAAGAUAUAUCCAUAGCAGCAAGCACUGUUAACAGAGAGAAAAUGGCUACUCUGAAACAAGCUUUGACUGCUGUUGGAUUUAGUAAUUUGGAGGUGGAGAAUCUGUUUGUGAUUAUAGCAGCAGUUUUACAUAUUGGAGAUAUUCGGUUUACUGCUUUGACAGACGCUGACACAGCAUUCGUGUCUGACCUCCAGCUGCUGGAACAAGUGGCUGUAAUGCUCCAGGUAUCACCAGAUGAAUUAGUGUCUGCCUUAACAAUGGAUAUUCAGUAUUUCAAAGGAGAUACAAUAACAAGACGACAUACUGUAGAAAUUGCUGAGUUUUAUCGUGACCUCUUGGCUAAGUCAAUAUACAGCCGCUUGUUUAACUUUUUAGUGAAUACCAUGAACUGCUACCUCCACAGUCAAGAUGAGCACAACAGUGUGCAGACAUUGGAAAUUGGAAUAUUGGACAUCUUCGGUUUUGAGGAAUUUCAGAAGAAUGAAUUUGAACAACUCUGUGUCAACAUGACCAAUGAGAAGAUACACCAGUAUAUCAAUGAAGUGCUUUUUCUACAAGAGCAAACAGAAUGUGUACAAGAGGGAGUUACCAUGGAAACAACAUAUUCUCCUAGUAACCAGACGGCAGCUUUGGAUUUUUUUUUCCAGAAGCCAUCAGGAUUUCUCUCUUUGUUGGAUGAAGAGAGCCAAGUACUUGGAUCCCUGGAAUCUAAUCUUCCCAAACGGCUGCAGUCUCUCUUGGAAUCUUCCAACUCCAAUACAGUGUAUUCUGCCAUUAAGGAUGGGAAUGGAAAUGUGGCACUCAAAGAUCAUUGUACCACCUUCACUAUUAUGCACUAUGCAGGACGGGUAACUUACGAAGCUGUUGGAGCAAUUGAAAAAAAUAAAGACUCCCUUUCACAAAAUCUCCUAUUUGUAAUGAAAACAAGUGAAAACAUAGUGAUCAAUCAGUUGUUCCAGUCCAAAUUGACACAGACAGGAUCCCUCAUAUCUCCUUACCCUUCCUUCAAAGUUCGAUGGUCUAGAUCUAACAUGCUCAGUAAAAAAAUGCCAGCUGCCUCAGUUACCAGUGAAACAAAGAAAUACCUGGAACUCAGCAAGCUGUUUAAAAAGAAAGGAACCUCUACAUUUCUGCAGAAACUAGAAAUGAGAGGUCCAGUCACUGUGGCAUCACAACUCAGGAGAUCUCUCAUGGAUAUCAUUGGGAAGCUUCAGAAGGGCACACCACAUUUUAUUCAUUGCAUCAAACCCAAUAACUCUAAGCUGCCAGAUACCUUUGAUAAUUUUUAUGUGUCUGCUCAGCUACAAUAUAUUGGGGUCUUAGAGAUGGUGAAGAUCAUUCGGUAUGGAUACCCAGUCCGCCUCUCCUUCAAUGAUUUCUUGUCAAGGUAUAAGGCCUUGGCUGAUACAUUGCUGGGAGAGAAGAAGAAGCUGUCCGCCGAGGAGAAAUGUCAGCUUGUGCUUCAACAGUGUAAAUUACAAGGCUGGCAGACAGGAGUCCGAAAAGUAUUUCUAAAAUACUGGCAAGCUGACCAACUCAAUGAUUUGUCCCUUCAGCUCCAGAGGAAAAUUAUAACCUGUCAAAAAGUUAUAAGAGGCUUUCUUGCACGCCAGCACCUGCUGCAGAAGAUGAGCAUCAGACAGCAAGAGGUCACUUCAGUAAAGAGCUUCCUCCAGAACACAGAAGACAUGGGCCUGAAAACGUAUGAUGCACUGGUCAUUCAGAAUGCUUCAGACAUAGCUCGAGAAAAUGACCGGCUCCGCAAUGAAAUGAACAUAGCUUACCAUAGAGAAAAGUUCGAGGUUAGGAACAAACAAGAAGAGGGCUCCAAAAGAGCUGCAGACAAGGGUGGAAAGGUCUCUGAAGACAACUUUGCAGUCAGUCGGGCACCCAAGCAUUUUCAUUCUAGCUCAGUUCCAGUCCCCAUGGCGGUGGAUGGCUUGGUACAGUCUCUGGCUGGAUCAUCCAUCAGAUCUCCCUCCCUACACUCUGUGUUCAGCAUGGAUGACAGCAGUGGCCUGCCAUCACCACGGAAACAGCCCCCUCCCAAACCAAAGAGAGACCCCAACACACGACUGAGUGCUUCCUAUGAAGCUGUUAGUGCCUGCUUGACAGCAGCUGCUAAGGAUGCAGCUAAUGAAGUGUUGACUCGGCCUAGGCCACACAGUGAUGAUUACAGCACAAUGAAAAAGAUUCCUCCCCGAAAGCCCAAAAGAAGCCCCAAUACAAAACUUAGUGGCUCAUACGAGGAGAUACCAGCACAAAAGCCGGGAGAAGCAAAGUACUUAAGUGCUGUAACUAAAGUAGGUCAGCAGGACAUGAUGACAAUGCAGAGAGCUUCUUCUGCUGAUGGGCCACACCAGGGAAUCCUCAAUUUGUAUAUGUCCCAAGAGGAAGAGGAAGAGACCGAGCCAGUAUACAUCGAAAUGGUAGGGAACGUAAUAAAGAACAGUUCCAUUGAGACAGACAGCCCAGAUCAAGGAGAGUCUGUUUAUGAAGAAAUGAAAUAUUUUUUGCCAGAAGAAAGCAACAACAGCAGCUUGGGAAUGGUUCCACUAGUAACUGGAUCCCCACCACUGUUUUUUGACUGUCGAAAACCUCUAGCUGUUGAAGAUGGUGACAUGAACAAUCAAACCAUAGGGACCUUUAGAGACACUUGUGACAUUCCACCACCUUUUCCGAAUCUGCUUCCUCAUAGACCUCCACUUCUGGUGUUUCCUCCAACCCCAGUGACAUGCUCUCCAGCAUCUGAUGAGUCACCUUUAACACCCUUAGAGGUCAAAAAGCUUCCUGUCCUAGAAACCAAUCUGAAAUACCCUGUGCAAUCAGAAGGAUCAAGUCCCUUGUCUCCACAGUACUCCAAAAAUCAGAAAGGGGACAGUGACAGACCAUCAUCCCCUGGUCUAAUGGUAUUUAAUGUUUCAAGCAAAGUUUCUCCUCCUUCAACUCCACCUCCCCCUCCCCUCCCACCUCCUCCUGUACCUCCACCUGCUGCUUUUCGGCCUUCCACACAUUUUACUUUCCCCCCAGAAACUCAUGCUCCAUUUCUGGCUAAUGCAGGGAAACCAGUGACAAAUUCAGAGUCAUCCAAAGUACCUCAGAAACCAAAUUCUACUCAUGGUGCAGGUUCUUCCAGCUCAUUCUCUCAGCUGCCCUAUUCCCCUGGGAAGGUGGCAAAAGUGGAGCACAGGAAACCCAACUCCAGUUCAUCCUCUCCACUACCAUACAGCCCUCCAAACUCAAGACCAUUAACCAGUCCUCUUGAUGAGUUAACAAGCCUGUUUAACUCAGGACGGAGUGUGCUUCGGAAGUCUGCAGCAGGAAGGAAAAUUAGGGAACCUGAAGGUUUUGAAACCAACCUGAACUUAACCAGCAGAGAUGACCCUAAUAUAUCAGAGGGUGGAUCAGAAACCCAAGACAGAAAUGCAAACAACCAUGGAACUCAGUUAUGUAAUUCAAUGUCCAGCUCCAUAACUUCUGAAAAUGGAAAUUCACUCUCAAAUGGUUUACCAGAAGAUGAUGGCUACUCAAAAUUAUCAGUGAGUGGUACGGCAAGCUCAUCGAUUCAGAGACAUAGGGAAAGCCACACCAGUCAGGUUAUCCAUCAGCUAAGGCUUUCAGAGAAUGAGAGCUUGGCCCUUCAGGAACUCCUAGACUGGAGACGGAAACUUUGCGAGGAAAGAGAUUGGCAACAAAACCAGCACCAUCCAGAACCUCGAGUCAGCGGUCCUCCUCCACCCCCUUGUAAAAAGCCAGCUCUAUUAAAGAAGGCGGAAGAGACCUCCUGCAAUAGAUUACCUUCAGAGUUAUGGGACACUACGAUUUGAUGUGGAUUGGUUUGCAGACUCUAAAAAUCAAAAUCUUCUAGUGACUGGAAACUGUAGUAGCAAGCAACA